AUGAUUAUUCGUCAAUUGUCUGUACCUUUGGUUCAAUCUCUAUCAUUUUCUCAAUCAGUCCAGCACAGCGGGGAGCUGAUAAAUAACUACAAGGCAUUAAUGUCACCAUUUCACAUGAAACUUUUCUUCUUUAUUCUCGUCUCGUUUAUUUUCGAGUGUUGUGAUGGCAAGAAGAAGGAAACAUCAAGGAAUUCUUCAGACCGAAAAUCAUCAAAAAGAGCUCAAACAGAUUGUGUACAUUUUGGUGAAUUGAAAGCAAAGGCAUACGAACAAUGA